AUGGUGACACAAGUAGUCCUCUGUUCGGGAUUUCUUAUAGUUUUUUUGGCCUUAGCCACUGAAUCCUGGCUGCUAUCCCAAUCCGACCCAAACGAAUCCAGUUAUUACGUGCGCCACCUGUCGAUGCAUUUCUCGCGAGUUUUUCUCAGUGUCAAUGUGGAAAGUAAUGAAUCUCCCACUCUCAUCGAAGCCCAGUGGCCGGUUUCGUACUUUCCCAUGCCCACUGUGGUGUUUCCCCACGGCGAUGUUCACGCAAAUGGGGACCAUGAUGAUUGCUCACUUCUGCAGCAGGCCCACUGGUCCCAGGUGGAUGCACUGAGUCGACUGUGGGUCAUGGACAUUGGAUUCCCGGGAACCAAGUGCUCGCCGCGACUGUUUGUCUUCGAUUUGAUACGCAACAAUGCGGAGGUAUUGAGAAUCGAUUGCGGGCAAUAUAUAGGCGCCAACGAUACCGAAUCUCUGGUGGUGCGAAUGGGACCCAAGGGUCCGAGAUGCGAACAGGAGCGCCACAUAUACUUCAUUCUGGGUCAGGCUCCGGAAGUGGUCGCGUACGACAUCCUGGAACAGACUUGGCAACGUCGCUCACUACAAAGUCACAAGUACGAGAACAUGAACCAGUCGUUUCCCAUUGAGCCGGUGGAUUUCACAUUCGGUCUCCAGGGUGAACUCAUCCUCUCCGAUCAAAAUGGUGACCUCUACAGCACCAUGGACAGACUGGAAACAGAGGGCAAAAAGGAAUUGCUCUCGAGUUCAAUAGAGAAGACCAUCAAACUCACCCAUUUGGGCAGCCUUCUCGGCAGCAGUAGCAGUAUGAUCAUCGACAAUUUCGGAACCUUGUACUAUGUGAUCCCCAAAUUCGGAGCCGUAGUGCGAUGUGCCAAACUAUCCAACAUCACAGCCGAGGGCAAUGAAAUCAUAUAUAUCACAUCGAAGAACAUCCAGCAGAUAUUCUUCAGCUCCAACGAUGCUUUGUGGGUGCUUAGUGAUCGGGUCUUAAAUGCCAAGGACAUGUGCUUCCCUAGCUAA